UAUGCAGUGAGAAACAAAGACAGAAUGACUCUUGUGUCGACUUGUGUCGAUUGUGUCUCCUAAAAGGAAACCAGCCUAAUCUGAUUUUCAUUUUCUAACCUCUCAAUAGAAGGUUAUCUUUGACGUGUUUUGAUAAUUGACAUAUACUGUUGUUGCCAAAAUGGUGUUACUUGAAAAUGAGACGUUCUUAGCAGAGUUAACCAAAUUGUUUGAUAAGUCGCGUCUUUCUGGUGCCGUGUCGCUAACAAUAAAACGAUUUGAUGGACAUCAUAAACCAGUACCUAGAAAAGGCAGGGCUUCUUUGCCAACUCCAACAGAGUAUCUUUGCUUAGUUAGAGCAACGCUACGCAAUAAAAAGAUUUCUACUAUUAUUCAUUCCAAAGAUGUAAACAAGUUCCAGCAAGCAUAUUGGAACUUAUUAAAAACAAAUAUAAAUGGAUUGAAGAAGCUCAAGAAAACAAAAUCAGCAAAACCAAAAGUUCACUGACUCAUGAAUAGAUCACAGCGAUUGUUUUUUUUUGUUAUAACUUUUGUACUAUGUUUGCUAGAUAUAUAGUGACAUUUUUGCUAUAACAAAAAAAUGUGUUUUGUGCAACAUAUGUAUUUUGUAUUGACUAGUGUACAAAAGAUUAAUACUGUUAUAAAGUACACAUAUGCAACCACA